AUGGGUAUGGAAAUGGGAUGUGGAAUAAUGGCAAUUUUCCGGGAGGUAACUGGAACGGACCAAACUCCAAUGGUAGACAAUUUUAGUAACACAAAAAUUCCAGAAGUUGUUUUCAGGAUAUGGUGGUUCUGGGCCGCAAGGACCUCCUCCAGAUGAUAGCAUAAAGGGCAGCGUCGGAACGAAAUCCGAAGAGAAGCAGCCGGAUGGAAAUCAGACAAAUGGACAGCAGGGGCAAGGUCCAUGAUGGCCCAACGGUUUGUGUUUUUUUUCCGUUUUCAAAAACAAAAAUUGAAUUUACUCACCCCAAAUGCUACCUUCCUGUUUUUCAAGACACUGAUGUUUGUUCCAGGUGGACAAGGCGGGUACUCUGGUCCCAGUGGGUACGGAGAAAAUGGACCGAAUAUGAAUAGUUACAAUAGCAACAAUGGUCCAAUGCCCUUCAACGGUGGGAAUAUGAACGGAAAUGGUAAUGGAAACGUGGAUGACGGCAUCAAAGGAAGCAUCGGAGGUGCUGUGGAGCCGACGAGAGCACCGUAUCCACCAAAUGGAUAUGGAGGCUAUGGAAACGGAAACGGAAACCGUCCGGGGUACGGGAACAAUAACGGUUACGGAGGCAAUCAAGGAUUUGGUUUUAAUCGAAUGGCCGGGGGAUACGGAAACAACUUCGGUCGGCCGAUUCUUCCGCGCGGCGAACGCUUUGUCCAUGGCAGACGUACUUGGAGAUACUAAAUAUGGUUUUGUUCCAUUCUCUCCACGCAACACGGUCCUCCAGAGAUGGAAAGUGGUCUUGGCCUCAGAAACGAAAAAAUUUAAGCUAUUUUGGUCCCGAAAAGAAACAUUUUUUGCAAAUUUUAGUUUUUCGAAAUCUUCAAAUCCAUGUAACUCAUUCAGUUUCUAACGAAUUGUAACUGUUUGUGGAUCAAAAUUUGCGCGAUAAUUUUGUCUAUAGCUCCCAACUUUGAUUUUCUGAACAAAAUUCUUCUUUUCAGCCAUUUUUCGCAGAAAACCAGAAAAAAACAUUAUGGCAAUUUAAAUUUCCGCCGAGUUACGACUUCGCUACCGAGGCCACGCCUCUUUCCAUCUUCGAGCAAAUAUUAUUGUUGUUCUUUGUAAAAAUGCUUUCUGUAUAUUCUUUCCGUCACGAAAUUCUCUGUCUUUAACUGACAUUCUAUGAAUCUUACUUACCCUUUUUCUCUACCGCCUACUAUUUAGCAAUCAUCUGUACAAAACAAAAAUAGUACGAACGAGACAUGCUCAUAAAGGGGGCGGGUACCGUACAAUAAUUUGCACCAAGGCCACCAUGAGGAAAAUGUCACUACGCCUCCGCAGUAGCAUUCGUCGCAGUGUGCGUCAGAUGGGCCAGCAGUCAGACGACGCGUUAACUACUGAGAAGGCACCGUCUUCCCUUCAUUCAGUCGAAGACGAUGUCGUGGAGGAUGAUGUUGCUAGUGAGGCCGUUGCAGAAACUAGCGAGCCGAGUGAUAGCAUUUCUGAUAUUUUGUCUGACGACGCGCUACCCGUAACCGAGGGACUUACUGCCCGAUCAGGUUAGUUCUCAGUCCAGGUUCUUCAAAAUCGAGAAAGGCGUCCAAAAAGGCGCACACUCCUGCGAAUACAUAAAAAUUCUUUUUCAGAAAAUGUUAAAAGAAAGAAAGCGGAGUGGCACGUGUUAAUAACUGGCGGAGCGGGACAUCUUGCAGAACAGUUAGUGUUCGCGCUUAUCCAACAAGUCAGAGAAGAUGUUCGUCCGAGAGUCGCGGCCACAAUGGAAAGCAAAGUAGAGACUGAGGAAAUCGAGGAAAUUAGUUUGUCUGAAAAAAGUAUCGAUGAAAUGAUUGAUGAUGAAAUCACUGCACGUCUACAUAGUUUCAUUCGGAUUGUUCUUGUAGACCUCAUCUGUCCAGACAUGACCCGAUUCAAUGAGUGUGUCUCGUUCAUCAAAGUGAGUUAUAACAGAAAUUGAACCAUACCCCAUUGCUUUAAGGGUUCUUUUCGAUGACAAAGGAGUUAUGCAGAGUGCUUUGGAAUACGUUGACACUGUAUUCCAUUUGGCCGCCGUUGGAAUGACUGGACAAUAUGCGGUACCUUGAGUUUGACGUACUACGAUAAGUGAAAUAUUGCAGCAUAACCGCAAGGCAUGCAUGGAUAUCAAUGCAAUUGGAACUAUGAAUCUUCUCGACUGGAGCAAACAGUUUGGAGUCAAGCGCUUUAUUUAUACUUCAUCUAUUGGAGUUAUCUUCCAAGGCGAACCACUUGAGAACGCUGAUGAAAAACGUGCCUUAUCCUCUCUUUGUUGGUUUUUUUGCUUGGAACGUUUCAAUCCUAUCAUUUUUAUCUGUUCAGUUCUAUAAUUACUAUUGUGAAUCGAAAGCGCACGCCGAACGCAUCGUUAGACAAGCUUCGUCGGAAAGAAUGAAGUGCUCCGUUUUGCGUUUCAAUGGAAUAUACGGACCCGGGGAGAAGAGAGUUACCGAAAGAGUUAAGGUAUGAAGCAUGUGCUUAAUGUGGCUUUGAUCGAAAAAACAUUUACAGAACUUUAUGAUAUCGGGUUGGUGGAUUGCUUGCUGUAAGCCCGAUGGCGUAGAAGCGCAGACACAGCUUUCGUCCGUAGACAACUGUGUUCACGGACUUUUGCGAGCCGAGAUAACAUUGCGCAACUGUGACGCACCACAUGCGCAGGUACUCUAUUCAAAAAAGGUUGUUCUCAACAUUUGACGUAUGUUUUUCAGAUUUACAAUAUCAUGGACCCAGAGCCUGUUGGAACGUUUUUCGUUCUGGUCUCCACUGAAUGA